AUGCCCACCAGUCUCCUCAAGCGACGAGCGUCUCUCACCACGCCCUCCCGCUCUGCGGACGACCAUAGCAACGACGCGAGCAAGACGCACACGGAGAGAAUAGAUAGAGAGAAGGCCCUAGAGCGGAACAUCGACAAUGUGGUGUUUGGCGAUGUGAUGUUCAAGAGCUGGUAUCCGAGCUGGUACCCCAAGGAGAUUAUCGGGGAGAAGGCGCUCAAUGGCGAUGGCAAGGGGAUAGUGGUGCAGACGCUGUAUGUCUGCAAUAGAUGUUUUGCCUAUGCGAAGGUAGUUGAGGACUGGGUGCGGCAUUGUAGGGUGUGUGAGCAGGGAGUCCCUGGGAGAAAGGUGUACGUUCAUGGGGCGGGCGAGGAUGGCGAUGGGGUCUGGAGUGUGUGGGAGGUGGAUGGAGAGGUUGAGACUCUAUUCUGCCAGAAGCUCAGUCUGUUCGCAAAGCUCUUCCUGGAUAAUAAAUCCGUCUUCUUCGAUGUUGCGGGUUUCAACUACUUCCUCCUUGUGCACACUUCACCUACCACGCAUCACCAGCAGAUAGUCGGUUUCUUCUCGAAGGAGAAGCUGUCUUGGGAUAAUAACAAUUUGGCUUGCAUCCUGGUCUUCCCCCCUUGGCAACGGAAAGGCCUCGGUUCUAUAUUGAUGGGCGUAUCCUACGAAAUCUCACGCAGAGAGGAAAUCUUGGGCGGUCCGGAAAAACCGAUCAGUGAUUUGGGAAAGAAGGGUUAUAAGCGGUAUUGGGGAGCGGAGAUUGCGAGGUGGCUAUUAGAGACUAAGGAGACAGAUCUGAAGAGGGGAAAGGGGUUGGUGAGUGUGGAGCAGAUUAGCAGGGAGACCUGGAUACUUGGUGAGGAUUGCUUGACUGUCCUGAGGGAUAUGGGAAUCGUGGAAGCCGCAGGACGCGGGAAAGGGACUGUGGAGAGGGUCAAGGUCGACAAAGCUAAGGUUAGGGAAUGGGUUGAGCAGCAGAAACUGGGACUCGAGAGAGUGGUUGAUACGAACGGGUUUGUGGAGGGUUAUGGGUAUAAGAAAGUCGCGGAUGACGAGGUGGGUGGUUGA